CGCCCGAUAAAAAGGCGCGAGCCGGGCGGCGCGACAGAAGCAGCCACGCUAUCUUCCGUCGAGAUGCUGCGCGUGGUGGUGUUGACGCUUUUGAGCGCGUCGUGGGUGUCGACUCUCGAUCCUUUCGGUCUGGAAGAAAGACGAUUAGAACGCCUUUUCCGAGAGGAAGAAGAGAAUUUGUCCCCUCGACCCUGGAACGCGGCCGAAAGGGAAGUGGAAGAAGACGUUCCCUUCGACCCUUCGGUGGUCAUCGUGGACAAAGGAUCCUCGUCUCGACCCGAACCCGUUCCCGACGACCGUCGAAAUCCUCUGGACGAUUUUCUGCGGGGAUUCCUUCCGGAAGUGACGUCGCCUUGGUGGAAAGGGCCCAACGUAUGCGUGGACAGGAAGGAGAUCGACGACGGAGCGCCCAAGAACAGGAGUUUCGCCUUCAAUUUCCAAUCGACAUCGUGCAAGGAGACCGACACUUCUUACACCUGCACCAAAAAGAUAGAAACUAACGAGGAGAGCAAGACGUUCGUGGUGAAGAGACAAUGUUGCUACGGUUACAGACGAAGAGGAUCCGAAUGCGUAGAGUUCGAGCUGAAGGAACUGGCGGAGGUGAUGAAGGAUUUGGGGGCGAGUCGCUUCGUCAAGAUGCUGUCCUCCGUCGAUCUCCUAGAAAAAUUGCGGGAAGGCAACUUCACCGUCUUCUGUCCCGUCGACGACGCCGUCACCGACUUCGAAGAGGAAGACGAAGACAACAACAUUCCCAGCAGUCGAGUGGUUCGUAGCACCGACACCGCCACGGUGGUGGCCGGACACGUGGUCGAAGGGUACGUGACGUCGGACGACUUCCGGGGCAACAGAGUUCUACCGACUCUCAACGAAAAAACGGGAAUUCGCCUCAACGCCUACUCGGGAUUGGCCCGAAGACCGUUCGUCUUGCCCAACUGUGCCAAGAUCUUGGGCGCUAACAAUUACGCCACCAACGGCGUGGUCCAUCUGGUGGACAGAAUUCUUCCCGCACCCACCGACUCGGUAUUGGACAUCGUGGCCAAGAACAGUCAACUCACCGUCAUGAAAGGACUACUGAGUCAGGCCGGAAUGGUGGAGAAGCUGAGUAAUCCGGAGGAAACCUACACCAUAUUCGCUCCGGUGGAUUCGGCCUUUAAACGGAUGGGCAGCGAACUGUUGAAGAAGAUGCAGAAGGGAGAAGGAUGCGUGACCAGCGUGGUCGAGAGUCACAUCUCUCCUCACGUGGUGUGUUCGUCGGCCGUGGUCAACGUGGGAUACGUCUCGAAUUUGCUGAACGGCGAACUGAAGUUGACUCGCGACGAAAACGACAAGCUGUUCGUGGACGACGUCCAGAUCGUGGCUCACGACAUGGUGGGAACCAACGGGGUGGUCCACAUCGUCGAAGAGGUUUUGAUUCCCGACUCGGCCAGAACUCUGACCGAAACUCUGCAGAGGGCCGACAGAUCGGAUUUGGUAGAUUUGAUCGAGGUGGCCGGAAUUCGGGAGGAACUGGACACCCUCAGAAACUUUACCUUCUUCGCGCCCAGCAGGAAUUCUCUUAAGAAACUGCUGACCGAAGAAUCGGAGGAAUUUAGAAAUAACUCGGAGAAGAGUAAAGAGCUGAUUACGUCGCACGUGGCAUCGACUACGGUCAAAUCUUGCGACUUCCGCAACGAUCUGAUCUUGCCUUCUUUGUGGGAAGACGCCACUUUCCGCGUAAACAGAUUCGACGUGAUUCCGGGUUUCGUUCAUCACUUCACGCUUCAGUGCGUCCCCAUAUUGAACAUUAAUCUGGGAGUUUGCGAGGGAGCCAUCCACGUCCUCUACCAGACCGUUUCGCCGUCCAAAAGCAAAAUCGUAGAAACUCUGGAAGGCAGGAAAGAUCUGAGCACCUUCGUCCGUCUAUUGAAGGAGAGCGGUUUGGCCCAAACCUUGGAGGAAGACGGCCCUUUUACGGUUCUGGCUCCCGACAACGACGCUUUCGACAAUACGAAAGACAAAGACGUCUUAGAAGACAAAGAUAAACUUCUAGACUUGUUAAAAUUGCACAUUCUUCCGGAGACGCUGUGUUGCUCGGGAAUCAGGAGCAGCGCCGGACUGAGCAUCAGAAGAUUGGUGACCACCCUAAACGGUUCGGAAAUACCCGUCAGACGCAGUUACAAAGGAGUGAAGUUCUCGUCGUCCAAGGUGGUCGGGUGCGACUUGAUGGCCAAGAACGGCGUGAUUCACGUGGUGAACAAAGUGGUUCAUCCUUCCAGAUCUCACGCUCUCGACUUUUCCGAAUUGGUCCGCGAGAUGUUCAGCAUCUAACGGGUGACGACUUGUAGCCGGUAUCUGCUGGCAGAAACCACGCAAUUCAAGUAAUCGUGCCGAUGCGUUAUCGUUGUUCUUCCGCCUUCUUUGUAUCCGAAGGUUAAGAUGUAGCGUCAAUUUAUAAUAUCGACUUGGACGUAAAUUCGUUUUUUAUUAAUAAAUGUGGAAAAGCACUCGCUUUCCCACCAGUCUUAUUUUAA